AAAACGCCAGUCAUAUCUCGCAGCUACCAUCUGUCUAUCCGUAAUCCCCAUCCAGCCAUGCUUUUAUCGUUAUGCCGCAACAGCGCUGGACGCGGAUAAAAUCUGGCGCUGUACAGUUAAUUUCUCCUUAAAGUUUGACUACGCUUGCCAAGUGAUUUGACGACUGACUUUUUGGACGCACAUGUAACGCUUGCUGCCAGCAUCAUCAUGUGGAGAAUGCCGGUAUCCGUCGGACACGGUUAAUUAACGGCGCAGGUCCACUGGCAUUAUGGAGAUGUGCACUUCACCAGUGUCUUAAUGCCUUGUCCUGUCCUGUCUUGGGUGGCCCGAGACCUUGACCCUUGGAAAUGCCCUGCUUCCGGCCAUUCCCCGUGCGGCGCUGGCAUUUCGUCCCGGCCGCACCGUUGACUGCACCGUCCGCCGUAUCUGUGGGGCCAUGGCACGCCUACUGCCUGCUGGCUCUCCUGAUGACCGCCGCCGGCAGUCCGCCGCCCGCGGGCGACCACCGUUCAUCUAACACGACGCCAGGGACAGCGAACGCUACACCCUCCGUCUUUGUGUCCGCAGCCGGCGUAUUAUGUGCCGCAGCACUCCCCGUCCACGGCGACGCAAACGCCGCUGCACUCUCACUAUCGCCAUCGCCACUGGCAGCAGUAACGACGGCCGCCAAAAAUAGUCCGCACCCAGCAGCGUCGCAGACGCGGCCUGCCAAGAAUCCCCACAACCCGUCCUCGCUGCUGCGGCUCUUCUCCAUAUCCCGCGAUGUCGACCGGCAUAAUAUUCCGCAGCCGACAAACCGGACCAGUGCCGCUGGCGCCAGCAACUCUACCAACCGGCGCAAACGCGGCGUGAACGCACGUGCGCCCGUGCUGGCCGACACCAUGCUCACGGCGCCGCCGUCCUGGGCGGUCACCACGUCUGCCACCAACACCACAACAACAUCAACAACAACAACGACAACAACAACAACAACCAAGACGCCGGUCAAGUACUACCACCAUCCCGUGGUCUUAACCGAGUUAAGCUGGGAAGUGAUUGUCGCUGUCAUCUUCGGAUCGAUGGGCGGAAGCCUGAUCCUGACGAUUGUGGUGUACUGCCUUUGUGGUCGACCGGAAGAGGGCCACUUGAUCUGAUUAGUGACGACGGUGUACACUGUUCAUCCACGUCGUCAGCAACGGCAGUUGCCGGCUUCCUUCUUCUGGCAAUCACGGCGUAUAUCUGUGCUCCACCGUCAUGGACGGCGAUUAAUCAGGCGGCCGCUACCUAAAGUCACUCAGGCUUCCCCUACCGCCGACCAGAUCCAAAUGCAGAUUAACCAUCCUGCGCCCUCAUCAGCGUCAGCGCACGCUGAACCUUAAUGCCCCGUCAGCCCCAUCGAUCCGGCUGAUUACCGGCGGGAUCAAUGGGGAUCACGGCCGGGCCGGGGAGAGGGAGAGGCCGGUCGGGAUGAAAGAGCAGGUCAAGCCGGGACACUUCCGUAACGGAUUUAACAGCGAGUGUACCGGCUGACCGGCUGCUUCCGGCUGCUCUUAUCGCCACUGAGGUCUAUUCCGGCCCUUGACAGUUCCUAAGUACUUGAUCUUGCGGCCGGGCUGAGCCAAUCAGCGCUUCUUCAGCCACUCGAUUAUGUUGUUCUUUCCCGGGACACACCGGGCUUUUAUUGUGAUGACCAACUGCACCUGCUAACUGCGAUGCACCGCUUGACUGUACUUACUGCUCUGACCUUUCUGAUUUCUUUAGAUCUGUACAGAAUCUGAGUGUGACGUACAAAGCCAAUAGCAAGUAUAGCGCGU